GUUGUGGUUGUGUAAGAAAAAGGUAAAAUGAAUGUGAAUCAUAUAAAUUGUCCAAAUGGGGAAAUUGGGAACUAUUUUUUGUAACGGCCUAAAAAGGAAAGUGAGAAGUAUUUUUGGGAAAGGAUAGAGUAUUAAGUAUCCAUGAUUGCAUAAUACGAGUAGAUGAAAAAAUCAAAGAAGCCCCUGGACAUCUAGAACUCACAGGUCGCCAGGUCGUACAAGCCCAACAACUCUGCAAUCGCUUCUUGAUCGGAUCGGAACUAUGCAUCUCUUCUUUCUCGUCUAAGUCUGGUUCUCCUCACGGCAAAGCGCCGUCGCACAGCUGCAUCACGCAUGCCACCACCUCGCGUCACACACCAUUACGGUCACUGCACCGCCAUCCGUUGCUCCACCGCUCUCUCUCAUGUGACGUCGUCGCCUUCGACGCUACCUUUGGCCGAUUUCUUUAUCUUCUCGUUCUGUUUGGUCGUAGGGAAGGUAAUAGGUGACUGAUAAUAAUAGUGUUCCAUUUAUGGUGUCUUAGGCUUCAUUGCGGCAGUUACAGUCUAGAUCUGAUCUGGAUGACUAGUGUUUGGGGCUAGAUCGGGCUGGGAUGGGGCUGGAGACGGAUGGAGGAUGGCUGGUUGGGCUGUUCGAAGCUAGAGAAGGGUAGAUCGGGGAUAGGGAGGGGGUGGAGAGGUGGCUGGGGAAGCUAUGGAGGGCGGCGGCCACAUGACGACAGUGGUGGCGGUCACCGGAAGAGGUGGGACGGAGGUCACUGGAGAGCGGCUGGGUUGGGCUGUUCGAAGUUGGGGAGGGGGAAUGGAGAGGUGGCUGGGGAAGCUAGGGAGGGGGCAGCCACAGGACGAUGGUGGGGGUGGUCACCGGAAGUAGUGGAGCAGAGGUCACUCGCCAGAGAAUGGAUAUGCUUGGUGGUCACCGGAGUCACUAUCGGUCGUGGUGACUAUGAAGGGUGGCGGCGGCGACUUGAUGGAGCAACAUUGCUUAUUGAGUGUGGAGACGGUGGUGAUAGGCAGUGGCGUUGGCGGUUUGAAAAAUUGUCACUACGGAUCAGUAACUGUGACAGGCAACGACAAGUCACUAAUGAUUUUUUGUCAGUGACGGUUUUUUGGCCACUGACUGAAUUUUGUAAAUGUGUAUUUGUCACAUUCGAAGGAAGUCAUUGUGAUAUUGGUCUCAUUGGGCGAAGUAGGAGUAUGUGGGCCGGGGUCUCUGAGCCAUAUACCUCAUCAAAAGAUGUUUGGAAUAAGUGUUAGACUUAUUUAUCUAAUGACAUGCUUUAUAACUGAUGUAUUUAUAUUUUGCACACUUUUUAGAUUUAGUUUAUUGAUCAUUUUAGUUAUUAAAGUUGUAUUUUUGUACAUAUUUUUUAUUAUUUGUUGUUAGUUUGUUUAGU